AACUACCCUACAUUCAUUACAGCAUCGUCGGUCGUAUACUUCUUAGAAGCCACCAUUCUAAGCACAGUUAAACACACUUAACGUCAUUAUGGUUGCCGUCCUCCUUACCCGUGGCCCCGCUACGGCCAUUGCACUCCUUACUGCAGUUGCUUCACUUACUGGUGGUGUGUUCUUUACCGCCUUACGAAAUUCGGUCAUCGACUGUUCCAGCGGCUCAGCAACCCAUAAGGCUUGCGUGGUUUCUGUAGUUGAAACGACUUUUACAGCUCUCAUUACAGUUAGCGCCGCUGGUGGAGCACUUUUCAUUGGACUUUCAUCUCCUACCCCUAGGGAUCUCUCUGGAUCUUCAGCUCUCUUCCGUCUGGAUGGCCAAGACAUUGACUGGCAUGACGGUAUGGGCAGCCACAGGUUUGGCCUGAAUCGUACCCUUGCCGAUCCCGCCGUCGUUGAGUACCAGCUCAACUCAACCUCACAUGUGGCCAAGUACCUUUCAUACCAAACUGAAGAGGGACACUUGGUCAUGCGUCACGACACUGGCAUAGAUGUGGCUCACGGACUGCUGAAGCGUGGCACCUGCCGUGCUUACCUCGACACCGUUAUUUUCGGUGACGAUUUGAGUGCUUCCCAACUUGCAUCUGCCAUCCCUGCUGCUCAGUACCAGGCGGGAGCUACUGCCCUCGUCGAUCACAUGACCAAUUUCCAAAAAGACUAUGGCUGCAUUGAGCUCCAGGCCUUGAGUGGCGCUACAGCGACUGGAAACGCGGCACGGUUGGCGUUUGGAGCAUCAUGCUCCCAGAGCAUUCCAAACGUUCCCAACUGCAGAACUGCAGACUACAACCUCGUACUGGCCAAAAUGACCGAGUCGUAGAGACGCUACGCAUUGAAAGAUACCUUUUUGUUAAAGGAAAUACUCUCCCUUUCUAUGUAAGAAGCAACUUAGUGC